AUGGAGAUAAAAAAACACAGUCUAUACUGCCGUUUCAAGUCUGUUACCAAGGCAAGAUUUGGGCCGAAAAUCGAUAAUAACGCUGUCAAACUAUGCAAGCACAAGUUUCACAACAAACGCUGCAAAACGUGCCAUGUUCCCGAGGCGAUUGUGAGAUUAGGCCUUGUAGAUGCCGGAUAUCAUUGCGAGGGAUGUAGAUGCUUGAAGCGAGUUGAAUAUACUUCAGACAAGGUACCCGAAUCACACGUUGGGGAAGAAGAGGCAGUCGUCCUGCCGAGGAACGAGCCAAAAGAUGCAAUAUCGUCUUCUUCUUUGAUCGUAGGCAAUGUGGAUGCAUCGGAACCGUAUGAGAUGUCUAUAAUCGCUGCGUAUGAAGACGACACCUGCAGUCUUCGUAGCACAAGAAGCAACGAUGUGCUAGAAGAAGCUAUUCCAGCCACUGCUGUACACAUGACACCAAUGAUGCCCACCAAAAUUCAUAUCCGUCAUUCCCUUGAGAGUCAAAAACGAAAACAAAUAACGAUUCCGGGAAGCUUAUCGGUAUGCGAUGACGAAUCCUUGAAGCUUGGCACAUCUCUCGCCCAGGAAAAUUCAAUCAAACCUGAUCUGACAUCAGGAGAAGAAGAUGACACCCAGGCUCUGAUUCGUGGAGCCAUAAAAGGGGAUGCAGAGUACCAGACUAAGCUUCUAAGAUUAUAUGGCGAAAUUUCGGCUUCAGAUGGGCCAUGUGCCCUGCCCUGGAGUAGUUCACAACGCAGUCUCAUCUGCAAAGCGCGACUUAUCGUGGGCCUUGAAAUCCAGAGGGCUGCUGGACGGAUAACAGCCGAUGCCUUGGACAAGAUAUCGACGCAGUUAUUUUGUCACGACAAUGAAGAGGCGGCCAUGGGCAUGGACGAGUUUGCAGCUUAUAUCCGUGGUUUGUCCGACGGAGGUGAGGUGUCUGGGGGGCGUGCAAAGCAAAUUAUCAUGCUUGCUUCUGACGGAGAGUCGGAGUUGGUUUGA